ACUCGGAUGUGCCGGCAGAGCUGCGGGUGGCAAACGGGUCGCAAAAGUUUGUGAACUUCACUUCGACCAUCCAAAACCAGCUGCUGCUUGUGUCACUGCUGGAGCAUCUCUGCCACAUGUACACACACAACCCUGUUCACUCGAGGUGUUUGUUCCGAAUACUUCGUCAGGCUUUCACAAGAACAGGGUUGCUCUCCCCUUUUGCCUUCUGUGAUGAAUUUAGUACUGUAAGACUGCAGCAUAAUAGAGCCAUUACUGAACUAAUGAAAGCAGCUAAUCUACAAAUACUUAAUGGGGAACUUGGUAAUGGAGAUUGUCAUGCAAUUGGGGAAAAAGAAGUUCUCCUUGAAGCACAGACUUCACGGUACUUGAAUGAAUUUGAUGAAAUUGCAAGGCUAGGAAGAGGGGGAUAUGGUAAAGUAUACAAGGUCAGAAACAAGUUAGAUGGCCAGUUCUAUGCUAUUAAAAAAAUUAGCAUGAAGAGGGCUAGAAGAAGAGAUUGCAUGAAGGUGCUACGAGAAGUCAAAGUGCUGGCUGGGCUGCAGCAUCCUAAUAUUGUAGGCUAUCACACUGCUUGGAUGGAACAAGUUCAAACAGUAUGCCCAAAAGGAAAAACAAUAAUGGAGUUGCAGCCAUUAUCUUUGGAGCAAGAGACUAGCAAUGACCACUGUCAAAUUCAGAGAGUGGAAAGUGGUAGUUCCAUUAUCUUUGCUGACCUUACUUCACAAGAAAAGAAGUCCUGUGACAGUACCAGUUGUAGAAAUCUGGAUAGUGAAUCAGUGCAGAAUAUGGAUGUAAGGAAUGAUUUUACAAACAGCAAUAGUAAAGGGGGUAUGAAACCAAUGAUAUGUGAAGGAGACUCUGUAAGUAGUAUUAGCAGUAGCAGAUCAAUUGAUGUGAAAAGCCAUUCUAGUCUGGAUCAACAUGUUAGCCUUGGAAGUAAGUCCUGCACUGAAGAAUGCUCCAAGAAUGAUGUAGCUCUCUGUGGAGGGUUUGAGGUGGAGUAUCAUCUGAUGCUUCAUAUACAAAUGCAACUGUGUGAAAUAUCCUUGUGGGAUUGGAUUGUUGACCGUAAUAAAAGAUGCAGCGAGAGAACAGAGGAAACUUCCAGUCCAUACCAUCUUGUGGAUGUCGGCUGGACAAUGAAAAUUUUUCAGGAGUUACUAGAAGGAGUAUGCUAUAUCCACAGCAUGGGAGUGAUGCAUCGAGACAUUAAACCCAGAAAUAUUUUUCUACAUGGAUCAGACCAUCAUGUAAAAAUAGGAGACUUUGGAUUAGCCUGCAAAGACCUACUUUGGGAAAAUGCAGACCCCUGGUUUAAGACAGAAAGGAUAAACGAACUGAUACACACUUCAGGAGUGGGGACUUGCCUGUAUGCUUCACCAGAACAAUUGCAGGGAUCUCACUAUGAUUUCAAGUCAGACAUGUACAGCGUGGGUGUUAUCCUGCUAGAACUCUUCCAGCCAUUUGGAACAGAAAUGGAACGAGCAGAAGUUCUUACACAUUUAAGAAGUGGCCAGAUUCCUCAGACUUUCUGCAAAAAAUGGCCUAUUCAGGCCAAGUAUGUUAAACUGCUCACCAGUCAGAGAUGUACAGAAAGACCAACUGCUGCUCAGCUUCGUGAAAGUGAACUAUUUCAUACCACAGAACAUGUUAUUUCUAACCUACAACAGAAGGUGAGACAGCAAGAAGAAGAAAUAGAGAAACUGAGAGAGACAAUAAGAUUGCUUUCUGAAGCACGAGGUGAAAAUAAGAAACUAGGUUCUCCUGUUUAAAUACAGGCAGAACUAACCUCUGUCCUAUGCCAAGCUACAUACAAUGUUUCUUUUUUUACAUAAAUAUUUAAA